UUCCAACCUACUCAGCCGUCCCACGCACACACACGCACAAGUCCUAGCUUGAUCUUGGCUAAAGCCUCUUACGUAAUUAAGGAAUCUACCUCUUCGUAGCUUUGCUUGGCCAUAUCCAGUAUGGCCACAGGAGGCAACUACUACGAGAGGAUUAGCAGGCUCUCCGAGCGCCUCUCCGGCCUUCAACAAGGUCUGGAGCAUGAGAGAAACUCGCGCUUUGACCAGCUCAGUCAGCGGAUGUAUGAUGUGGAUCUGAAGCUUCAGCAAAGCCAGGAGUCCUUGCACUCUGACCUGGCAAACCUGAAGGAUCAACUCAUCAAAUUUCAGCGAGACUUUGAUGAAGAGCGUUUGAGCCGAGAGGCGCUCACUGAAGCAAGGUCGAAAGAGUUGAGCGCUGCUGACCUCCGCCUGCAGCAGGCACUCGAGACAGAGCAGCAGGCUCGACGGGAUGCCGAAGCACAGGUGCUGCGGAGCUUUGAUGAGCGGACCGCGGUGCUGCGGGAGGAGAUUGCAAAGGAGGGCCGCUCCAGGGCCGAGGCCGAAGCAGCGCUCCGACGAUAUGUCGAUGUUGAUAUCCCCAAGCUCUAUGAGAGCUUGCGUGAUGAAGCACAAUCCAGAGAGACCAUGGAAGAUAGGAUCGUGAGGCGGGCAUCUGACGAGAUCAACCGGCUCCAAGAGGCGAUCCUGACAGAGAAGAAAGCGCGAGAGGACACUGAAGAAGCUCUCCUGAGGAUGAUGGAGGACACAGUGGCAAAGAUGAGAGCAGAGAUCGCACAGGAGAGGGCUGAUCGAGAAACCACUGAAGAGACCCUCCUGAAAUUGCUCGAGGAGACCUGCAACAAGCUCAACACGGCUUCCCAAGUUCUCUGAGGGAAGCGACAUGUCCAAUGUGAUCCACUGAUCCGAUCUGGUCCGUUAUGCAAACCAGGUUUGCAGCAUGUCACCGGAGGGAUUCCUCCGAGUGGUCGAGCAAUGACUUGGAUUACAAUCUCAUUGUCUUAAUGAAGGGAUGUGGCGAGCCUGCAAAUGGGGUGAUGCACGCUCGUGUGUGCAAGCUUCACUGAAACUGCAAGCUUGGGCACUCAAAAUCAGCGCGCCACGUGCUACUUGAAGCAUUUUGGAGCUUUU